AUGCCGCCUCCCAGGACGAGAGCGGAGGUUCAAGCCCAAAAACAAAAGGAGAAGCUCGCCCAAUCCUACCAUGAUCUACUCGAGGAAUUCUCCUCAAAGGAUCUUCGGAGUGUAGGGAACUAUACCCUCGGAAGGCUAAUUGGGAAAGGUUCUUUCGGCAAGGUUUACCUUGCGUCCCAUAAGCUCACUAAUGGUUCCAAGGUUGUGCUCAAGUCCUCAAGUAGGGAGGAUACGAAUCUGCCGCGUGAAAUUCAUCAUCAUCGCCAGUUUUUACAUCCUCACAUUGCCCGCCUCUACGAAGUUCUCGUAACAGAAAAGCUGGUAUGGCUGGUGCUGGAAUAUUGUCCAGGUAUGGGGCGUGAUGAACUUUAUAACUACCUUCUUCGUCAUGGCCCACUACCUGUCGAUAAAGUCAAGAGGAUUUUCACCCAGCUUGUUGGUGCCGUGGCCUAUGUUCACAGCAAGUCUUGUGUCCAUCGGGACCUAAAACUGGAGAAUAUAUUACUAGACAAACAUGAGAAUGUCAAACUAUGCGAUUUCGGGUUCACCCGGGAGUAUGAGGGGAAAGCAAGCUACCUGCAAACAUUCUGUGGUACGAUAUGUUAUAGUGCCCCAGAGAUGUUGAAGGGUGAGAAGUAUGCAGGUGAAAAGGUCGACGUGUGGAGCUUGGGCAUCAUUUUAUAUGCUCUCCUCGCUGGGGAGCUCCCUUUCGACGAGGACGACGACCAAGUUACCAAGACUCGGAUCCUUACGGAGGAUCCUGCUUACAAUGAUAGAUUUCCGGAUGAUGCAAAAACUCUCAUAAACUUGCUCUUAUCAAAGCGCCCUCUGAUUCGGCCGAGCCUAGACGAAAUUUUGGCACACCCGUUCCUUGCCGAACACGCUCCGGAACAAUUGGCAAUAUUGAAAAUUCCACGACCUGCCCCUUUCACUACACCUCUAGAGAAGACAACCUUGCAGCGGAUGAAAAGUGCUGGCGUCAACAUUGAUGAGGUGGUCGACAGCGUCCUUGCUCAGCGAUGUGACCCACUCGCCGGUUGUUUGCUGUGCCUGAGCUGCCUAGUCUACCAGAGCCAGUUCCCAUCCAAUCUCCAACUUCCAGCAACCCACCUCCACCCGUUGACAAAGACUCUGUUCGGUCUGCUAGUUCUACCCGACACCGCCCAUUACCGCCUCCCAAAGAUAGAAGACGCUCAAGCAGGCCAAGUACAUUGCAUGUAA